GUGGAACUGAACUUUACCAUGCGCAGCUCCUCGUGGGCUCCACGACCGUGUCUGCAGGACUACUAUCUUGAGAUCCGUGACGGCAAUAAUCAGUUAGCCAACGUUCUUGGUGUAUUCUGUGGAGAUCACAAGGCUGCUGUAGUGCGAUCCAGUGGACGAUACUUGUGGUUAAGAUUUUUCCCUUAUCGCAGAUAUAAUCUUAAUGCAUACUACACGGGAAGAUCCUCCAAUCAAACAGGCACGAUCUCUCUUGUUAACUUUCUAUUAAAGCAUGUAAUUAAAAUAUUUAAAUUCAAUUGGAACUUCAUGAUAUAACAAUUUAUAUUCAGGAAAUAUAUCGUUGGCCUACCUUACUAUUACGUUUUACCGCACAUUUAACAGUAUUUAUUCCCUUAUUAAGUAGCUUUUUAUCUGAUAUACAAAGAGACAGACGAACAGCCACAUAUAGAGAAAGAGAGAGACAGACAAAGAGAGACACCGAAAGAAGUUCUCCGUGACUUUGGAGUAAAAUAUGAUUGUCCAUACACAAUGUAUUUGCUUUAUAUAUUAUGCCUGUGGUUUGCUUGUCCUGUAUGAUACAGACUAUUCAUCUAGCAUUUACUUGCCUUAAUACAUUUUUUAUUAUCAUUAUCAUUAUUUUUUGUUUUAUGUAGCGACACCUACCAUGACCCAAGUACCCAAGACACAGACUGUAAUUUUGAACAGAACCUCCGACCUGUGGUGCCCGGUGGAAGGUGCGCCAGCUCCAUACAUUGUAUGGAGAAAAAAUGGCGUUGUUGUUCAAAAUAGAACCAGCGUAAGACAUCAGCUUGAAGCUGCAGAGGAGAAUGUGAAUUACAGCUGUGAGGUACGAAGAGAUAAUAACGUAUCAAGGAGCGAAAUUAGCCUCAACAUUGAAGGUGAGUUUUAUUCCUUACACAAGUGUAAUGGAACCAUAUCACUUUUUUAAUUGGAUGCCUGAAUCUGUACUAUUUGGUCAAUAUCUUAAUAUGUUGUUUAAUUUCUUGGUAUCCCUCCACGGCUCGCCGCCCUCGAUGUAGUCGCUCCCGUAAUUUGCCCCCGUUCUUCUAGACUGCGAUAAAUUAUCAAUAUCUUAAACAGACUGCGAUAGAUUAUCAUUAUCUUAAACAGUUCUUCGUUCGGAUUAGGCUUUCUUUCUUCUUAUGAUCUUAGUUCUGAGAAUUUGUUUCCGGAUCAACUAAUAACCCCUUAAUUGAUAGUUCUCUUUAUUCUCAUAACUUGUCUACUUGAAAUUGUAUCGAUAUUGUAGGGAGAAAUUCUCUCUUGGUCACUACAUGGAAGUUAAAGGGUCAAUUUGUUUUGAUUAGUUUUGGUAAUUUUAGUUCUCAAUUUGUUUUAAUUAGUUUUUCUUAAUUACCAAUUUGUAAUUUUUUCAAUUACGGUUUGUUUGUAAGCAGCAUUUUAUCAUAUCCACUUUUAAUUCGCGCAAUAGAAACGUUAAUCGUAUCUUACGUAUGAACCUGAGAACUAUUUUUCUUUAGUUAUUCUAAUUAUUUAGCGCUGUUCGGCCUCUCAGAAAGACACUCUCCUCACUGAAUUUUUUUUUGUUUUAGCUUAAAUUCUGACUUCCCUAACUGCUGACAAUGAUAAGAGUUUGUUAGUAAUCAGUUCAAAGUAGAUACUCCAAAGUUGAAAAAAUUCCGCAAAUUUAAAUUUAGCCUAACUUUAGAAGUUUAUCUCAUGAACAUUCCUUUGUAUACUAUCAUUCUAAAGAUCAUUACUUUCUUCUUUUUUUUUCUCGAUACGAUAAAACAAGUUGGUUUUCUUGUUUGCAAUGCAAACUCAGUGAUGACAUACUACACAUAUUUUAGCGAUUUAAUUAUAUGAACAAUACUUAAUGUCUAAUAUUCAGAGUGCCCAGGCCCUUGUGAUUGCCACAUUUUGAAGGGAACAUACAAUCUGUUGCGUGUGAGCUGUACAGGAAAAGAAUUGAUGUCGUUUCCGUGGAAAAUUCCCUUUACCACAGCGAAGUUGUGAGUAUUAACAGGAGAUCAAUUGUUGAGGUGCCAUGUAAGUUGCAGACUAAACUGCAGAUUACGAAGCAAAUGAAUGUCAUUCUUCAUCUUACCUGAGUAAGAGCGACUUCUAAAUCAGUCUUACACUAGCCUUUGCGCGGUGCCGUCGACGUCAAUGACUGGAAAUUCUUCAAUAUUGAAUUUUUUGAUCGUAGGUUUACUACGGGGGUCAUUCCUCACCCGAACUACUAUUUCCCGAGUCUCUCAAGACAUGUCAAAAGAAAAUCUGUACCACGUAAACUAUAAGCUGUAACCUCGUGGCUACACUAAAAAGUAUUUAAACUGUGGUACUGAUAGAGGAUACUGUGGUGCUGAUAUCAUACGAUGCCGGUCCAUGCCAGCAGGUCACAAAACAAGAACAAUAAGGCAGUACUUCGUGACUUCGUGAAGGCAACGUGGAAUCAUGAAACGAACAUAUUUUGUAGACUGUGAACAAUAAUGGCGGAGUAUGCUUCCUGUUUAUGCUCGCGAUACCUGGUACUUUAUGCAUAGGAAGCCCUCAGAAACUGAAAUAUCAAGCAAAUCAUGAGAACUUUAAAAAACGUAGAUCUAUACCAAUAUAUUUUAACUGACAUAGUUGUAUUCAGCACUAUCUCUGCUGUUAUAUGACCGCUUAAAUAUAGCAGUAAAAGUCAAAGAUAACUGUGAAAAAAGUAGAUCUGACGGUAAAAAUAGCAUCUCGCCGAGAAAACUGGAACAAUAAUGCAAUUAAUCCAUUUCUGGUGUACAACAUGUACAACAGACGACUUUGAGUUAAACUGUUCGAUGCGUUCAUCUGGAAGAGUUUACUACUGAAUGCCGCUUUUCUUAAAUUGCUUUUUUGUUAUUAUUAAUAUUGAAAUAUGUAACAAAGCCUUUGAGACAUUUUCAAGUUACUGCAUUCUGCGCUAUGUCGUUCAUCGCCAAGAGAUCAUAAUCUAUGCAACCAUACACGUAUUUAGCUGGAAAGUUGUUUAUUUGACCACAGUUGAUUCGUACUCCCAUUUUUUCAUCCUUGAAGCGAAAAAUUCGUGCGAAGGCGAAACAUAGACUUUGGAAAGAAAUAAAAGCGGUUUAUAAUCUCUUAAUACAAGUAUCUGUCGUGAGUAUUGAAAACCGUAUGUAUUUAACACAGAUGUAUCAAUUUUUUUCUGACAGGGACUUGAGUAACAACCAGCUGAACGACUUGUCACAAGACAUUUUCAGCAACAAUACUCAGCUGGCUUGGCUGUAAGCUA